AUGCGUCAACACAGCUCACCAUUGUAUUACGUCGGCGACAACAUCAUCCACAAAACCAAUCUUUACAACCAUCACAGCAGCGUAAAUAAGAAACAAGCACAACAACUAAAGCUACAACAAAAGCAACAACAACAACAACAACAACAACAUCAACAACCACAACAACAACAGCAACAGCAACAACAACAACCAAAACCACUACUACAAAAACGUCAACAACAACAAGAACAAUCAGUUACAAAGCACAAAGAAAAUGGAGAAGAUGAAAUCUUUGUAAAGAAGGGAAGAUCAAGAAUGCUCUUUGAUUUCAUACAGAUGGAUAUUGAGAGGACGGCCAAGUCAAUACUCUAUCUGCUAGAGUGUCGCAAGCGAGGCAUCUACGAGUACUUGGAGCAUCGCCCGGAUGUGACGCUCCUGACGAUCAUCCACGAGCAUGUCUGCCAUCUCACCACCCGUGUGCACUUUGUCCACUUUGUUAGGGAGUCAUUCCGCAACAGGCGCCUGAUGGAAAGGUCUCUGCCGCUGCUUUCGUUCGACCUGGACAAACACACCCCUGAGCAUCUCAAUGCCUGGAUAAAGCGCGUCGAGGAGUUUGUCGGACUGGUGCUCUUCCACAACAACAUCGACACGCCAGCACUCUCAAAGAUACUCAAACAGCGACUGGAGAACGUGUUUGAGCUCAAGGACCUUUUGCAAAAGCGCGGCCAGAUGGCCAACGUUGACGAGGGCGACUCGAGACUGCUGGAGGAGCAGAUCGACUCGCUGCUUCACGAGUUUGACCCACAGCGCCACUACGACCGCAUGUAUGACGACCUGCCGCGCGAUGUGGCCCGAUUCGGCAGUGGCUAUGUUGGCUCCUACAUCAACACAUUGGACACGAUACCCAACCUCACGCACAAAGACAAGUUGUUGCUGCACCACAGCGCCGUUGGACUGAGGAUCAUUCUUUUGAAGGCCAAGGGCGUGGCAAAGACGAAGCCCAAGUACAUUGGCAUCAGGAUAGACCCGGACGAGGAGCUCUACAAGAAGGUCGAGAAGUACAUCGACAAUGAGAUGUCGUACGCGCUGGCCACCGUUCAGUUCUUUGAAAUCCUGUACGGCCACUCCAAGGUUCAGCGUGACACCUCGGCCGAGGCAGAGCAGCGCAUCCUCCCGCAGAUUAUCGGCAUGUUCACAAUGAUGCGAUACAAGUACCUCUGCAAGUACGCAAUGACGCAGAGCAAGCUACAAAAGCCAUUAGACAACCUCAAGAAGGCCAUAUACAAGUUUGUCGAGGCGGUCAGGAAUGGUCUCUCACACAAUCACCUCGCGUCACACCUGCACGACAUUUGCGACAUCGUCUCGGUUAUACAGUACAAGGACAAGGAGACACACAAGGCUGCAUUGGACAAGAUCGUGCACUACAUCUCUUUCCUGCAUAUUGAGAAGGAGAUGCUGCUGCUCGACAAACAGAGGACACUUGAUGAGUUGGAGAGGGAGGCUCAGGCCCAGGCCCAGGCUCAGGACGACCAGGCACAGCAGCCCACCUCAUCAACAUUCUUCAACCUGGACUCGAUGAUCACAGACACGAGACAAGAUCUUCAAGUGCUGCAUGAUGAGCUCGCCAAUCUGUCACUUUUGAAUCAUUUGGACUUUGGCAAGGUGGAGCUGUCCAACCAGGACAUCACGGUGGCAUUGGCUCGAUUCAUGCAGUUGCGUAUAGUGAUGGCAGAGAUCAGCAACAAGUUGGACACUUUGCCCAAUUACAAACUGGACGACAACGAGUCCAUUCCACAGAACAUUCACGCACUGACCGAUGCAGAAUUCUACAACAUGGUCAUGAUCAGUAUAAAUGACAUUGUCCAAAGACUCAACAUUCUCAGUCAACAACAAUCAUUAUCAUCAUCACCAUCAUCAUCAUCCAAUGCUACAAAGACAACAGAAGCAAAAAGACCAAAGAGAGAGAACAACAAUAACAAGGAAUUGGACAACACCAACAACAACAAGACGAUGGCUAAAGAUGAGUUUCUGGAUACCUUUGUGAAGACCAAAGUCGACACAAGGACACGUAAUCUAAAUGAAGUUAUUAUAUAA